CACGCAUAAAUAUAGGAGAAAUGACCUGUUCCUAAAGCAACGAUGUCGAAAUGCUUGGAUAACUUUGAUUUUAAUCGUAUAAAAGCGAGUAUUGUGACGAUCAAACUGAACGAGCGAUUGUUUGUUGUACAAUGUGUUAGAGAUUAGAACGCACCUGUCCAUCCCCAGACAAUGUGACGUUAUGAACAAAGAAAUGGUUCAAGUGUAGGGGUUUAUUAAAUGAAGGAGAAUAAUUAUAAUGAUGAAAAUAUGCAGAAAAAGACGGCCCUUUGGCACAGGCCCUCGCCUUCAACGAUGAAACGAUUUAGCGUGACAACACCCGGUUCUUCUCAACAAAUGCCAGCAUGCUCGAUUGUUUUGAUCCCCGUUCCAACACUGCAGGCUCUCCGAGGGAACUUAUUCAGCAAUUAGCCUACUCUUUAAUUCCAGCAGAGGUUUGUGGCUCUGGGAUCGAUCUUGAAGCCCAUUAUUGCGUGAGAGGGCACAUCAGACCCUGGUCUGGAAUAUGAUUGCAGGUCCCUUGCCAUGGCUCGUCCUCGCACCUUUGGCCGUACUCACGGACUUACUCACUGUUGUUUUCGUGUGUCACUAUCGUCGUCAAUUUCACGGUACAGAUGUUGUUUUCAUCUCAAUUCUCGUCUGCAUGGUGCUAAAUGCCUUGGUGGCCCCUCUCGUUCCAGCGAUACUGGACAUAACUCAUUCAGAAUGGAACGAAAACCUGUGUCACUUUUUUGUGUGGUCUGCUCUGACUUUACGUUUGGUUCAUGUCUCAAGUCUUGCAAUGUUGUCAUUCCAUUGGUCAAAAAUACUCCGAACCUCAUCAAGACGAAUCAAAAUAAGUACGACUACACUUGUGAAGAUAGUGACCCCCGUAUUCUGGGGUGUAUGUACAAUCAUAGGACUCUUACCGAUCAUCGGGGCGGUCCCAGACAGGUUUAAGACCAACAAAGACUGUCUUUUUCUCCUCUCAGACCUCGGACUGGGCUUCGUUAUAUUCAUGAUUGUGUAUGUCUUAACAAUGAUCUGCAUUUCCCUGGUGUGUUCAUUUGAUUCCCUUGCCCUCAUUCACUAUGCAAAGAAAAUUGCUUUUAUCAAAUAUGGUGCAGGGAGGUUUUACUUGCCGAGAAAGAAUGAUGGCCUCUCUGAAAACUACACGGUCCACGAGCGGUACGGACAACUGAACUUUGCUGCCGACCUCUGUCGUCUGGUAACCAUAGUAACAUGCUUCAGUGUUGUUGCCAACCAUCUACCCUACGUGGUUAUUGAGUUUCUAUACAUGAGUAUUGGGACGGACAGAUCCUUGUCGGAGGAGCUGGUCACGUGGUUACCUCUGAUGGAGGCUCUAGUUUUACCCUACUUCCUCUGGUUUGGAAGCAGACGAUACAAGCACGCGAUUAGUUACAUCUUCAAAGUGCAUAUUUUACGCCGAAACCAUGAUAACGAAGAAAAUCCGGACUCGUGUACUCUUCAAUCGUUUACAAGAAAAAUCAAAGAUGUCCACACAUUACCACGACCUGUUCACCUCCCGAACAACUUGUCAUCCUCAGGAAGUACAAGAGUAAACUCGACCAAAUUCCAAAGAGGAGAAGGAUCUCCACAAAAUUUCAACAUUCAAAACAAAAUCAAAGUCAACAUUGAGCAAACAAACCGAGGGGAUAUGUACAGCAACGGCGGAUCCUUGGACUCGCGAAGUCCUAGGCAAUUCCAACGGUCUAGUUCGUCGGGUUCGCGAAGCGAUCAGAUGAAGAAAAAGCAUCUCCCAUCUAUAUUCAUUAACGAGACUCUAAACGAUAGCUCGCCGAAGCGAUUAAAUACGGGUCCCAACGCCGGAGUUGUGAUGGUGCGAGCGAUGUCAGAAACGGAAUCCGGAAGCGUACACUCUAUGUAUUACGUGUCUAGCGAUUACCACCCAGACUGUCUCAACACCGAUAGUUUACCUCGAAGUUCUAGCAUCGAACACGCGAAUUCUGCCGGUAAUCCCCAAACAGUGACUGACGGACGGAUACAUCUCAACAGAUAUAAUUCCAACUCUCUCCCCAGAAUGCAUGGAAAUGGAAAUGCAAUCGGCGUCCUCUCUAGUUCAUUUGGUAGUAUUCCAAGAAAGAAACCACCAAAGAUGGGAUUGCGUAGUAAUUCUGGAAGCUCCUCAAGUCUCUAUCGAACACACUCGCGGUCGUCAAGUGGUAAUGUCUACAUCCUUGGCCAUUCCAGAUCGGCAAGUGGAACUAUUUUUAGAUCUUCUAAUAUAACUUUUCCGUAUAUUUAUGAAAUCCAACCAGGAAAGGAACGAAUGGUUCCUAGACAAUCGAGUGAGCGAAGUGAGAGUGAAGGGUUGGCGGGUCAGUAUUGUGAAAGCGAUAUUGACAAUGUACUUGAAUGCAGUUCAAUGCGAUCUGAAGACAUUCAGAGCACUAGUAAACCAAUUGAAAUUCCUUCAGUUACUUACAUUGAAAGAGGGCCUAUAUCUCCUGAUAAGCAUAGACACAGUAUGUCUUCGAGGCAAAACGAUCUAACUUUUCAUCGCCAAAAAGACAAGGAACAGCUUUCAGAUGAGAAUGAUUCUGGGUGCAUGGCAAACUACACAGAUGAUAAUUUUGAGAGCUUUAACGUUCACAAACAGUCAAAUGCAGCCACAAACCCGACCUUUAGAUUAUCUGACACUGAACUUGAUGGGUUUACUACGAGCGAACUACUCUCUUCCAAACCUUAUUCAUAUUUAUCGAAUCUUAAUAAAACUAAGACACACACACCAAAUUUCAAAUCCCCGUGGAUAAAUCUAGAACUUCCCGAGGAAAGACCCAGCUUUUUAGAUAGGGAGAAAUCUGUGGAGUAUGCGUUCUUUAAUAAUCAACUAACUACCUCAUCAGAAAGUACGGAUGUAACGCCAUCUCCGAGAUUUGACGAGAAUACAGAUCGGGGCUUUGAAGAAGCUUUAAAUGCAAGCUACAACAGCAGGGAGAGUCUGUGCAGUUUUAACGGUGCUUAUGUGGAAUCUGUCUCAGAAUGUACCGACAUGGGGGAUUUCUUCGAUACUCACCAUAGUGAGGACGGCAACGAGUUUAAAACACAGGCCAUUGUCUCCAGGAUAUCGCCAGCAAGCCUUACUGAUCCAUUCUGUGAAUACCAAGACUCCUUACCGAUCACUAAAUCAAAAGAUUGUUCAGAAAACUAUACAGACUUUUCAGAGAAUGGGAAUAACAGGCCUAUCUCUGGCCUUUCCCCGUGGCCAAACAGCGCGAAGAAUUCAGCCUCGGUGGAUCUCUCAUUUGAAUCAGAUUUCUCUAACGAGCGGCAAGUCCAGGACGACGGGCGACCGUACCAAGACAUAGAGGCGGUGUACUUCUAAGAAAGUUUUCAUACAAUUUUCAUGAUAUAUGACUAUGCACUAUUUUAUAACACCGCGCCUUUUGGUACAAAUAGCUGUCUCAGUUUAGCCACCAUUAAUGGCUAAUGCCUCGACCGUCCGCUUCUGCUUAAAAGGGUAAAAUUACACUCGACAAUCAUCAGUGCUUGUAUAAUCAUGUUUAUUGUUCAUGUUCAUUAAAAUGAUUUUGUCCCGUU